AUGCUUAGCCCUAAGAACAGACAGACACGCAGGGGUAAGAACAAUCUUUCAUCCUCUCCUCCCCUCUUUCUCUCUCUGCAGCAUCUCAGCAGCAUGCCAGUCUUGCUGUCUCACUCUCUCUGCAACUGUGAUAGUAGCUGUGUCUCCAUAAUGCAUGCAGCACACUUUAUCUCUCAGUGGUUUGGCUGUGUGAUAGUUUACUUCUGUAUAUGGAUGAUAUGAUUAUUGCAUCUCCUUGGAUAUGAUAUAGACAGUAUCCGAUGAGCUGCUCUUUCUUUUCCAGUCUCUGCUAGACUCAAUGAAGUUUAUGGAAUUGAUAAUAGUUAGUAUCAGUGGUUAGACUGUCUUAUGAUGCAAGGCAUGACUCCUGUUACACACUUAGAAAAAAGGGUUCUUCAAGGGUUCUUUGGUAAGGUUGAUGGUUCUAUGUGGAACCAUAAUGACUCAAAGACCCAUCAGAACUCAAAUAUAAGCUUGUUUUACUCCAAUGUUUGUAAACAACAUAAAUGUAAACAACUACUUUAUAGUCUCAAAACAUGGUUAAAACGAUAACAUUGAAUUCAUGGAUGGUCAGUCCUUGCAUCCAUAGCUCUGUCUAUGAAUUUGAGAGUGAAUAACAUUUCUCCAGCCCCAUCCCUCAGCUUUUUACCGAAACGGGGGAGUACACUUUGUUAUUGUUUCAACUGCUGAUAGCCCCUUUAAGAAAAGGGUUCUUUACAGCACCAUGAAUGUUCUAUAUAGCACAUUUUGAGCAUGGUCAUUUGUAGAACCUUUAAAAAAAGGUUUAUUUUAACACCAAAGAUAAUUCUGCUAUCGUUAUGAGCUAAAGAACCCUUAUUUGGCACUAUUUAGAUUUUAUUUUUAAAGUGUGUAUAGAAUCCAUGGUGAUUUACUGUACAUACAGUGCAUUCGGAAAGUAUUCAGACCCCUUGACUUUUUCCACAUUUUGUUACGUUACAGCCUUAUUUUAAAAUUGAAUAAAUUAUUUUCCCCCCCUCAUCAAUCUACACACAAUACUCCAUAAUGACAAAGCAAAAACAGGUUUUUAGAAUUUUUUGCAAAUGUAUACAAACUCCCCCCGCCCCAGAAAUAUCACAUUUACAUAAGUAUUCAGACCCUUUACUCAGUACUUUGUUGAAGCACCUUCGGCAGCGAUUACAGCCUCAAGUCUUCUUGGGUAUGACGCUAUAACCUUGGCAUGCAUUUAUAUGGGGAGUUUCUCCCAUUCUCCUCUGCAGAUCCUCUCAAGCUCUGUCAGGUUGGAUGGGGAGCGUCGCUGCACAGCUAUAUUCAGGUCUCUUCAGAGAUGUUCGAUUGGGUUCAAGUCCGGGCUCUGGCUGGGCCACUCAAGGACAUUCAGAGACUUGUCCCGAUACCACUCCUGCGUUGUCUUGGCUGUGUGCUUAGGGUUGUUGUCCUGUUGGAAGGUGAACAUUCGCCCCAGUCUGAGGUCCUGAGCACUCUGGAGCAGGUUUUCAUCAAGGAUCUCUCUGUACUUUGCUCCAUUCAUCUUUCCCUCGAUCCUGUCUCCCAGUCCCUGCCGCUGAAAAACAUCCCCACAACAUGAUGCUACACCAAGCAUGCUUCACCAUAGGGAUGGUGCCAGGUUUCCUCCAGACGUGACACUUGGCAUUCAGGCAAAAGAGCCCAAUCUUGGUUUCAUCAGACCAGAGAGUCUUGUUUCUCAUGGUCUGAGUCCUUUAGGUGCCUUUUGGCAAACAUGUGCCUUUUACUGAGGAGUGGCUUCCGUCUGGCCACUCCACCAUAAAUGCCUGAUUGUUGGAGUGCUGCAGAGAUGGUUGUCCUUCAGAAAGGUUAUCCGAUCUCCACAGAGGAACUCUUGAGCUCUGUCAGAGUGACCAUCGGCUUCUUGGUCUCCUCCCUGACCAAGGCCCUUCUCCCCCGAUUGCUCAGUUUGGCUGGGUGGCCAGCUCUAGGUAGAGUCUUGGUGGUUCCAAACUUCUUCCAUUUAAGAAUGAUGGAGGCCACUGUGUUCUUGGGGACCUUCAAUGCUGCAGACAUUUUUUGGUACCCUUCCCCAAUCCUGUCUCGGAGCUCUACGGACAAUUCCUUCAACCUCGUGGCUUGUCAACUGUGGGACCUUAUAUAGACAGGUGUGUGCAUAAUAAUGUCCAAUCAAUUUAAUUUACCACAGGUGGACUCCAAUCAAGUUGUAGAAACAUCUCAAGGAUGAUCAAUGGAAACGGAAUGCACCUGAGCUCAAUUUCGAGUCUCAUAGCAAAGGGUCUGAAUACUUAUGUAAAUAAGGUAUUUCUGUUUUUUAUUUUUAAUACAUUUGGUAAAAUUUCUAAAAAACAUUUUUUUCGCUUUGUCAUUAUGGGAAAUCCCCCCCCCCCCCCCCCACCCCCCAAAGUCAAUACUUUCUAGAGCCUCCUUUUGCAGCAAUUACAGCUGCAAGUAUCUUGGGGUAUGUCUCUAUAAGCUUGGCACAUCUAGCCACUAGGAUUUUUGCCCAUUCUUCAAGGCAAAACUGCUCCAGCUCCUUCAAGUUGGAUGGGUUCCGUUGGUGUACAGCUAUCUUUAAGUCACACCACAGAUUCUCAAUUGGAUUGAGGUCCAGGCUUUGACUAGGCCAUUACAAGACAUUUAAAUGUUUCCCCUUAAACCACUCGAGUGUUGCUUUAGCAGUAUGCUUAGGGUAAUUUUCCUGCUGGAAGGUGAACCUCCGUCCCAGUCUGAAAUCUCUGGAAGACUGAAACAGGUUUCCCUCAAGAAUUUCCCUGUAUUUAGCACCAUCCAUAAUUCCUUCAAUUCUGACCAGUUUCCCAGUCCCUGCCGAUGAAAAACAUCCCCACAGCAUGAUGCUGCCACCACCAUGCUUCACUGUGGGGAUGGUGUUCUCUGGGUGAUGAGAGGUGUUGGGUUUGCGCCAGACAUAGCGUUUUCCUUGAUGGCCAAAAAGCUCAAUUUUAGUCUCAUCUGACCAGAGUACCUUCUUCCAUAUGUUUGGGGAGUCUCCCACAUGCCUUUUGGCAAACACCAAACGUGUUUGCUUAUUUUUUUCUUUAAGCAAUGGCUUUUUUUGGCCCCUCUUCCGUAAAGCCCAGCUCUGUGGAGUGUACGGCUUAAAGUGGUCCUAUGGACAGAUACUCCAAUCUCCGCUGUGGAGCUUUUCAGCACCUUCAGGGUUAUCUUUGGUCUCUUUGUUGCCUCUCUGAUUAAUGCCCUCCUUGCCUGGUCUGUGAGUUUUGGUGGGCGGCCCUCUCUUGGCAGGUUUGUUGUGGUGCCAUAUGCUUUCCAUUUUUUAAUAAUGGUGCUCUGUGGGAUGUUCAAAGUUUCAGAUAUUUUUUUAUAACCCAACCCUGAUCUGUACUUCUCAACAACUUUGUCCCUCAACCUGUUUGGAAAGCUCCUUGGUCUUCAUGGUGCCGCUUGCUUGGUGGUGCCCCUUGCUUAGUGGUGUUGUAAACUCUGGGGCCUUUCAGAACAGGUGUAUAUAUACUGAGAUCAUGUGACACUUAGAUUGCACACAGGUGGACUUUAUUUACAUUUUAGUCAUUUAGCAGACACUCUUAUCCAGAGCGACUUACAAUUAGUGAGUGCAUACAUUUUUCAUACUGUCCCCCCGUGGGAAAUGAACCCACAACCCUGGCGUUGCAAGCGCCAUGCUCUACCAACUGAGCUACAGGGGACCCCGUAUUCUUUAACUAUUUAACUAAUUAUGUGACUUCUGAAGGUAAUUGGUUGCACCAGAUCUUAUUUAGGGGCUUCAUAGCAAGGGGGGUGAAUACAUAUGCACACACCACUUUUCCGUUAUUAAUUUUGUAGAUUUUUUUUUAAACAAGUUAUUUUUUUCAUUUCACUUCACCAGUUUGGACUAUUUUGUGUAUGUCCAUUACAUGAAAUCCAAAUAAAAAUCCAUUUAAAUUACAGAUUGUAAUGCAUAAAAAUAGGUAAAAUGCCUAGGGGGAUUAAUACUUUUGCAAGGCACUGUACAUUUGCAUCUUACAGUGUACAAUUACACACUAGGGAGUUAUAGUUAUUGAUCAAUGAAAGAUAUGCUUGCUUGGCCCUCUUAUUUAUCUUAGAAGGAUAUUUCUAUAUUUCAAUAGAAGAUGGCGCUGAUCAUAGUGUACUGUACAUACUAAGUUGAGAUGUUGUAUUUAUUCCCGUUGAUUAAUUGUAGUUACUACUGCUGUAUAUCACAGCUUACUACUACUGUCAGGGCUAAAUGUGUCCAUCACAACAGCUGAGUGAUAAACAUAGUUCCUCUCACACGGUACUAAUAACUGUAGACAGCUCCAGGCCUAUGGGCAGGCAGACCUACCCUCAGCGUGACAUACCUCAUGCAUGACUGGAUGGACAUGGAUAUGGAGGCUAAAUCACAAGACUGAGACUAGGCACAGACUGCAUUGUCUACUACCACUUAACUCUUGCACUUGUCGUUCAUCCACUCACACUCUCACUAGCACUGAUUUUCCAGAUAGCUGUUAUUUGAAGAAGGUUUUACUUGAAAAGAUUGUGAUCAGUGGUUAUUUGACCUACCAAAUGUGUUGUGAAAUACUGUCAUUUAAGAAUGGCCCAAACCUGAUCCAGUAUAUCAUUUAGAGGAGCAAACAAAAUAGUCAGUUCCUCCUCUAUGCAAGUAUGUUCCAGUUAAAAUAUGUAUAUGAGACCAGACCAUAACCUCUGCAUUUAUAGACCCUCUGGAGUCUCUCUACUUCCCCAUGGGCUCAAUAGACCACUCUGUCAAUGACUGGACUUAAUACACGUCAUCUACUGCGAUCAUGACUCUGCAAAAUACAGGAGAGAGGUGGAGAGCGAGAGAUGCUGAGAGAGAGAGAGAGCUCAGCCAAUGUUCCCCCUGCUGUCCUCAGCAGAAACAGGGACGCAAUUAACAAGAAAAAUAGAAAUAAUUGAUUCUCACUCUUCUCUCUCUGUCUCCUCUCUCUCUCUCUCUCUCUCUCUCUCUCUCUCGCUCUCGCUCUCCCUCUUUCUCUCUCUCUCUCUCUCUCAGCCUGACACUGAGGUUUAUCCGAUACACCAGUGUCUGAAGUGUAAUUUAUCCUUUAAUCAGUCUGUUAUGGUUGUUCUGAGCUGUUGGAGAGAUACAUAGGACCUCUAUUCAACCUUAUGUUAACAUACCUGAUCCUAUAAUCAUCUGCUCCAUUGGCUGUAUCAGGUGUGUUAGAGCAGGGCUACAGCAAAAGCCUGCACACCCAGUAGCUCUACAGGAUGGUUGUCCAUCCCUGACAAUAGACUGGUCCAGGUAGUAAUGGAUAAAUCAGCAUGCGUGGCUCAGACGCUGGAAUCAGACUGUUCUCAUAGGGACCUCAGCGAAUAAUGAUUUGGGAUGGUGUGUGUGCGUGCAUCCGUGCGUGUGUUUGUCUGUGCAUGCGUAUGUGUGUGUCCGUAUAUAGGUUAUAUGUGUUUGUGUUCAUGUUUCUCUCUUUCUCUCCCCUCCCCCCCAUCUCUAACUCCCCAGCCCGCUCCAAGAGCAUGGUACUGGGCCGCUGCAGUUCUGCUCUAGGCCAGGAGAUGGCGCUGAAGGCCGGCUGGCUGAAGAGACAGAGGAGCAUCAUGAGGAACUGGCAGCUACAGUGGUUCGUUCUCCAGACUGAAGCACUGUACUUCUAUAAGGACCAGGAUGAGACUAAACCUCAGGUAUACUACACUAUAGUUUAAUGCACAUAUUCAGGACACUUUCAAGUCAUUAUACAUAUAUCAGGACUGUAUUAUACUCUUUAAAUGUGUUAAUAAUAUAUUAUCUAAUAUCAGAAGCAGGAAACUCACUCUGUUGGAUCUCCAUGUAAGUCUCUUCUCGAGCCAGUCGAUCUCUGGCUCCUCAUUUCUGGCUCCUGUGUGCCUAGUUACCAUGCCACACUGGCUAUGUAACUGUUAAUGGGGUUACUGGUCCUCCAUUCCGGAUCUGCGGGCCGUAUAGUUGCUGACUGUUUGACUGCUAAUGCGAUAACUGGUUGUACUCUGGGUGGGUUGGGUUGUAAGUCAGAGUGUUUAGUACAGUAUCUGACCCUGGACCUGCCCAUACUGGCGGGGAUGGUAAUGCGGGGAGAGAGAUGGAAGGGGAGGCAGAGAGGCAGAGGGAUAAAUGGAUUGAGGGAUGUUUUCCUGAGUAAUCCAUCUCUCUACCUUCAUUACUCCCUCAGUUGGACUUCUGCCAAGACUAAAGGAGACGAUGGAGUCUACAAUGUUUCGUAACAUUUCUGUAAUGUUUGUCAUGCACAGCACGUCUUCCUUCCCUGUGCUCUAAGUGAUUCCCAUUUCAAACAGAGAGUUAAGUAAUGUUUCUGUUUGGUUAUUCCAAACUACACAAUGCUUUACCUUUAACACUGUGUUCUCUCCUUUCUCUGUCUCUCUGUCUCUCUGUCUCUCUGUCUGUCUCUCUCUAUAUCUCUCUCUCUCUCUCUCUCUCUCUCUCUCUACUCUCUCUCUGUCUCUCCUCUGUAUCUCUCUCUCUCUCUCUCUCUCUCUUCUCUCUCUCUCUCUCUCUCUCUCUCUCUCUCUCUCUCUCUCUCUCUCUCUCUCUCUCUCUCUCUCUCAGGGAUGCAUCCUUCUCCAGGGCAGUCAGGUCAGUGAGCUGUCGGCCAAUCAGGAUGAAGCUGGUCGCCACCUGUUUGAGAUUGCUCCAGGUAAGUAACCAUGGAGACAUCUAAACCCUCCCUCUGAUGAUGCACUUCCUGGUUCACAUCAAAUCAAAUUGUAUUCAUCACAUGCUUCGUAAACAACAGGUGAAAACUAAUAGUGAAAUGCUUACUUAUGGGCCCUUCCCAACAAUGCAGAGAGAAAGAAAAUAGAGAAAUAAUAGAAAACUAAAACGCAUCUUAACAAAAGUACAAUAAAUACACGAGUCAUGAUAACUUUGCUAUAUACACAGGGUAACAGUACAGAGUCGAUGUGCAGGAGUACGAGGUAAUUGAGGGAGAUAUGUACAUAAAACUAGGAAUAAAGUGACAGAUAAUAUAGAGUAGCAGCAGCGUAUGUGAUGAUAAAAAAAGUUAGUGCAAAAAGGGUCAAUGCAGAUAGUCCGGGUAGCUAUUUGAUUAACUAUAUAUCUAACUAUUUAGCAGUCUUAUGGCUUGGGGUUAGAAGCUGUUGAGGGUCCUGUUGGUUCUAGACUUUGUGCAUUGGUACCGCUUGCCGUGGGGUAGCAGAGAGAACAGUUUAUGACUUCAAUUGGUUUAACUUCUGUGUGUUGUAAUGGAACUCUGGGUGGUGUUCCGUAGGAAGGAAACAGGAUUUAAAAAAAAUUAAACAGUGAAAUGGAGAGGUACUUCUUGAACUUAUCGAAUAAGAAGGACUCAUUUGUGUUAGCCGUUGCAAAAUGUCUUGCUACUGUUACCCUAUACUGAACAUGACCCAGGUAAAGCCUGAUUUAUGAAAUUAUGGAGUUUUUCAGGGAACUCUGGAUAGCAUAGCUGUUCUCAGACUAGAAAUCUAUCGGUCUUGGUUAAUAUGUUGUGGAGUGGCCUCCCGAGUGGCGCAGCGGUCUAAGGCACUGCAUCGCAGUGCUAGAGGCAUCACUACAGACCCAGGUUCGAUCCCGGGCUGUAUCACAACCGGCCGUGAUCGGGAGUCCCAUAGGGCGGCGCACAAUUGGCCCAGCGUCAUCCGGGUUAGGGGAGGGUUUGGCCGGGGGGGGCUUUACUUGGCUCAUCGUGCUCUAGCGACCCCUUGUGGCGGGUCGGGCGCCUGCGGGCUGACCACGGUCAUCAGGUGAACUGUGUUUCCUCCGAGACAUUGGUGCGGCUGGCUUCCGGGUAAAGCGGGCGGGUGUUAAGAAGCGCGGUUUGGCAGGUCAUGUUUCGGAGGACGCAUGACUUGACCUUCGCCUCCCGAGCCUGUUGGGGAGUUGCAGCGAUGAGACAAAAUUGAAAUUGGGGAGAAAAAGGGGGUAAAGAACAGAAAAUAUGUUGUGCAGUGCAUAAUACACUCAAUACUUUGUUGAGUGAAACAGAACUUGCAUUACAUGAACAAGAUGUCAAACAGACACUCCAACAAGGAAUCUAUUUAGUUAUGUUGUAACCAUGGCAGGGUAGGCAUGGUGGUAUGGUGGAAGUACACACACACACAAAUGUACGCACGCGCACAACCCCACACAUGCAUACAAAAAACGAAUACACACACACACAUAAUCACACCCUUUGUCUAUUUACUGCUGGGCGUUGCAUGUGUCUCUGACAGAACUUUCAGGAAUGCAGUAUUAUGACGAUGUUGAUAAUUUCACAAAUAAUCCAUGACAGAAUAUCCAAAUCAAUCUCUUUAAUCUGGGUUAUUUUUACCUUGAAUCUUGUUGCUUUUCUCUGCUACUGUAUUCACUCAGACAUUUGGCUGUGGUGUAUGUGUGUUCUAGCUCAGGGGUGCCUAAAAUGUUUCACUCAGGCCCUCCUUCCAGCAUUGGGGAAACUCCUGGGCCCCCCCUGUGUGUGUGCGCGCACCACGUCUAUUUCUAUGAGCACAAGCACUGUUCAUGACACAAACUGUUCACAACCCUCUUGUUGGUGCAGAGAACAUUUUGCAGGUUGAAAGCUUAUUUCCUGGAAUUCUAUACAUUUUGUCAUUGGGGUGCAGAGUAAAUGUUGCAGUUUUAAAGCUCAUUUUCUUGCAAUUCUAUACAUUUUGCCAUGUCUAGUGUUUAUUCAUGUGAUAUUUGAGUGACUCAAACAUUACAACAAAAUCUAUGGGCUAAGAGCGUCUGCUAAAUGACUAAAAUGUAAAUGAAAAACAGUCCACCUCAGAUCCUGACCACAGCCUCGACACCACAGCAGGACAGAUAAAUGAAGAACCAUCAACCCAGGAGACCCGCCCCUAUCAGCCCCAUUGAUAGCCCUCUUGACAACCACCCCACACCCACUGAGGACAUACAAAAGCCACAGAUUGUACUCCUUUUGGACUCAAAUGGGAAAUACAUAUAAUCAAAUAAACUUUUCCCCUAAACACCCAGCAUGCCCUAGACCUACUGUCUGAGGACCAACUAGGGUCAUCCAGCUGCAUAAUAAUUCUCACAGGCACAAAUGACCUGAUAGCACAGCAGGAAAGGGUGACCACAACACUCAAGGGAGUGAUUAAAAAAGCUACUUCCACUUUCCCCAACUCACGAAUGGUUAUAGCAGGAACCCGGACUUAAAGAAAUCAGAAAUACAGACAUUGUUAUUCUACAAUAAACAUGGUAUAGAGGAGAUGGACCCACUGGUUGCCCUCUAAGUUACAGAGAGCUGGUAGUCCCAUCCACCAAACUACCCCUGAGUGAAACAGGGAAUGGACUCAGGGGGUUAUUUGUUAUAGAUCAGAUCUAACCCAUUCUAUUAAAUGAGUCAAAUCAGGAGCAUUUUAUAUCUAUAAAUAAGGCAAUUAUCUCCACAGAGAAAAAAUAUCCUCCUGUGUGCUACCUACACUAUAUAUUCAAAAGUAUGUGGACACCCCAAAUUAGUGGAGUCGGCUAUUUCAGCCACACCCGUUGUUGAUGGGUGUAUAAAAUCGAGCACAUAGCCAUGCAAUCUCUAUAGACAAACAUUGUCAGUAGAAUGGCCUUGCUGAAGAGCUCAGUGACUUUUAACGUGGUGCCAUCAUAGGAUGCCAUCUUUCCAACAUGUCAGUUCGUCAGAUUUCUGCCCUGCUAGAGCUGCCCCGGUCAACUGUAAGUGCUGUUAUUGUGAAGUGGAAACGUCUAGGAGCAACAACGGCUCAAACGCGAAGUGGUAGGCCUCACAAGCUCACAGAACAGGACCGCCAAGUGCUGAAGUUCGUAGCGCGUAAAAAUCUGUCCUCGGUUGCAACACUCACUAGCGAGUUCCAAACUGCCUCUGGAAGCAACGUCAGCACAAUAACUGUUCGUCGGGAGCUUCAUGAAAUGGAUUUCCAUGGCCGAGCAGCCGCACACAAGCCUAAGAUCAACAAUGCGCAAUGCCAAGCAUCGGCUGGAGUGGUGUAAAGCUCGCUGCCAUUGGACUCUGGAGCAGUGGAAACACAUUCUCUGGAGUGAUGAAUCACACUUCACCAUCUGGCAGUCUGACGGACGAAUCUGGGUUUGGCGGAUGCCAUGAGAAUGCUACCUGCCCCAAUGCAUAGUGUCAACUGUAAAGUUUGGUGUAGGAGGAAUAAUGGUCUGGGGCUGUGUUUCAUGGUUCGGGGAAGGCCCCUUAGUUCCAGUGAAGGGAAAUCUUAAUGUAUGCUACAGUAUGACAAUGACAUUCUAGAUGAUUUUGUGCUUCCAACUUUGUGGUAACUAUUUGGGGAAGGCCCUUUCCUGUUUCACAAAGACAAUGCACCCGUGCACAAAGCGAGGUCCAUACAGAAAUGGUUUGUCGAGAUCGGUGUGGAAGAACUUGACUGGCCUGCACAAAGCCCUGACCUCAACCCCAUCGAACACUAUUGGGAUGAAUUGGAACACCCAACAUCAGUGCCCGCACUCACUAAUACUCUUGUAGCUGAAUGGAAGCAAGUCCCUGCAGCAAUAUUCCAACAUCUAGUGGAAAGCCUUCCCAGAAGAGUGGAGGCUGUUAUAGCAUCAAAGGGGGGACCAACUCCAUUUUAAUGCCCAUGAUUUUGGAAUGAGACUUCAGAGGAGCAGGUGUCCACAUACUUUUGGUAAUGUAGUGUAUAUCCCCAGUAUACUCCUGAGUGGCGCAGUGGUCUAAGGCACUGCAUCGCAGUGCUAACUGUGCCACUAGAGAUCCUGGUUCGAAACCAGGCUCUGUCGCAGCCGGCCGCGACCGGGAGACCCAUGGGGCGGCGCACAAUUGGCCCAGCGUCGUCCAGGGUAGGGGAGGGAAUGGCCGGCAGGGAUGUAGCUCAGUUGAUAGAGCAUGGCGUUUGCAACGCCAGGGUUGUGGGUUUGAUUCCCACGGGGGGGGGGGGCAGUAUAAAAAAAAUAUAUAUAUGUAUUCACUAACUGUAAGUCGCUCUGGAUAAGAGCGUCUGCUAAAUGACUAAAAAUGUAAAAAAAUGUAAAAAAAAAAAAAAAUCCCCAUACUUUAAUGAAGACAGUUUCUCCAUCCUAGAGAGGGGAGAUCAACCAUUUCCAGGCCCAGGGAUAUGUACUAGUCUGUGGUGACCUAAAUGCCAGAACUGGACAAGAACCUGACACUCUCAGCACACAGGGGGGGACACCUACCUGGAGGUGACAGCAUUCCCUCCCCAUAUGCCCCCCUACACAAAACUACAAUAUAACCAACAAAGACGGGUCACAACUCCUGCAGUUCUGUUGCACACUUGGUCUGUACAUAGUCAAUUGUAGGCUUCGAGGGAACUCCUACAGUAGGUACAACUACAGCUCAUCCUUUGGCAGCAGUACUGUAGACUACUUUAUCACAGACCUCAAACCAGAGUCUGUCAGAACGUUCACAGUCAGCCCACUGACACCCCUAUCAGACCACAGCAAAAUCACAGCCUACUUGAACAGAGCAAUACUCAACCAUGACUCAUUAAAGCCAAUGUCAUGCCUUUUUUCGUGCCUUUUUACAGUAGCACGGGACACCCGCAUGGCAUGCUGUUGUUCUAGCCUGUAUUGAAUUGCCAUUUCUUCACCUUGGCUUUGUAGCUUUAAAUAAGUGGUAGAAAUGACAUUUUUUUAAAGAAUCGACUUGAUUGCUCGCACUAGUGAUGUUACGUUUGAUUCCGGAGCUCCGAGGUAUGCAUCGAAAUCGCUAAGCAGUUUAUUUUUAAGCAGUGUGCCGAUGCUUUUAUCGCUUUAUCAGAAGCACGUAAUCAAUGACAUCUGAAGCUUUGUUUCGUCGAACAACCACCUUAUUGGUUUGGUAUUGGUUUCGGUAGAAGACAAAAAGGCUACACUGCGCACGUGCUACGGCAUGUGGGACAUCAUCUAUAAUAAUUUGGCUGUUCUAAAUUAUUUUGACCAGCAGGUGCCACUAGAAUACACUGUGUUGAUCAAAGCCUUGAGUAAUGAACUGACACAAUUGUCUGGAAAUGCUAAAUGCUUCAGGAAGCUUAGUUUCCCCAUCACUAGCUUGCACAUCACAAGUCAGGCAUUAACUCGGUUUUAGAAGGAAUACAUGAUUAUAUAAAAAUCUUAUAUUUUAAGCCAUUUAAGGCAGCACUAAAAUGAAUGCAUUUCAAUGAGAGAUUCACUUUUCUUUACCCUUUGUGGGCGGGACCGAAGCUGUUGCCUUGGACGCAAGGCCAGAACUGAUUCGAACGUUUAAACCUGUCUUCCUCUAUAACAAUGCCUCCAUACCGUGUCAAAGCAAUUAGAGGAACUCUCAGUACCACUAAUGAUUAAGUUAUGGGGGUGAUUGAUAGAAGUCAUGGUUACCUGCAGGAAGUCCCCAGAGUGCGGUGCAUAGAGGAAAGCCAAGGUACUUGGAAAAUAAUGGACUCCUGUGACUCCUAUCUCUGUCAGAUAAGCAGAGAACAACUUCCCCACCACAUAGUGAAAGUAGGCCUGUGUGGAGAGAGAGAGAGAUGGUUAGAGGUCAAUCUCUUUUAUUGUAACUGCACAAUAACUACCACAGUAAAAGUAAUCCAAUCUGUAUUUCAAAUAGACUAUCUCAAAGUAUGCAUUUAGCGGUUUACAAUAUUGGCUAUUUAGUUCAGAGCUUGAUCUCUCUUGGCUCCCCCUCUAGUCCAAGGGCCACCCACCAAAAAAGGGUUCAGAAAAGGCAUUCCAUGACCCAGGAAGCAAAACUGCAAAGUUUCAACAUCAUUACGUAGAUACAUUUAUGAAUAUGAACAUUGUGGUUCAAAACUUGUAAAAGUUGCACAUUAAUUAAAUAUUAUAAAUCAAAGGUACAAUUUCGAAAUCAUAGCGCAUUUUGGGUAAUUACCCCGGCAACAUUAUGAGGUUGCCAACUUGCCAUGUUACACCUUGGUUACAAUUUUUACACACGUUCCAUUGUCCAUUCUUGCAGAAAGCAAUGUAUGCACCGGACCAGAGGUCCGGUGCAUACAAAUAAUAUAAGAUAAGAAGCUGUUGAAAGGUGCUACAUUUAAUAUAAGAUAAUAUAAGAUAAGAAGCUGUUGAAAGGUGCUACAUUUAUUUUUCUCCUAUGCCAGAACAGUGCUGGAUGUAGCUGUCGGGACAUGUUUUAACAAACAAUUAAUUUUAUUUGGUUAGCAUGCAAAAUAAAUGAUGGCCCUUGUAGGCUAAAUACAGCUGCCAAAACUUCUUACAGUAACUGAGAAAACCACUAUACAUGGUUAAAACAUAUUUCCCCAUUUCGGAGUUCAUCUGGAUCAGUGAAGUUCCUUGAGCUUAUGCAAGGACGAACACCCAACGCACAAAUAGUUCUGUGUUCUGUGCGCCAGUGUGCAACAAAAGUAACCAAGGUGAAACAUAGCAACGUCGGAACAUUACAAGGGCAAUUACCCAAGAUGCGCUGUGAUUUCGAUGCUAAAUAUCAUAACUUUGAUUGAAGAUUAAAAGUUAAUGUGCAACUUUUAAAAGUUUUGAAACAGACAGUGUUCAUGUUCAUACCAUUAUUUACAUAAUCUUGUUGACAUUUUGCAGUUUAAUUUCUUGGGUCACGGAACAACACAUUUUUGAUGGGUGGCCCUUGGACUACUCACGCCAUCUCAAUCAAGGGCCUUUUCCCCAGUGAGGGCCUUCCCUAUCUGUUCUCACCCUGCCUCUCCCUUCUCCGCCACUCACUGCCAGUCAUGCUGGUCUUCCAAGUUCUCCUUCUCUACUAACUCCUCGCUAACAUAGCUAGCGAAGAUACCGUAACUUUUAAAUGUGGUUAGCUUCCUAGCUAGCUGCUAGCUGACACUAACCUAGCUUGCAUAAUCAAUAGCCUGCUUUAAUAACAGAAGACCAAAUAACAACCUACUUAAAUUUCAAUAUUGAAAUCAUAGCUAGUUGAUUAGCUAGUUGGUUGGUUAGCUAGUUUCUCUACUGAAAAACAAUAGAGCUUACAUUUUUAUCGUUGGCCAUCGUCCCUAACGCUACUUCACCACUGACUUAACGUAGCAUGCAUAGAAAGAUGCCUGAGCCGAGUUUCCCCAUUUUUCAGGGGAAACGGAACAUAGGUUGAAAAUACUGUACCCCUGAAAACCAGAUGUUAGUGUUUUCUGGAGACUCCGCAUAGGCUACUUCACCACCAUCACGUUGCCUUUCACCGUCAAAAAUUAGGUUAGAGAGCAGUCAAGCUGUGAUUGGUCCAGAAACCUGACAAAUUGCGUUUCAGUUGAAUGCUACAGGCUAUAUUCAUUGUCUAGAAUUUUCACCUGUAAUAAAAUAAUAGUAAAAGUAGAUUUUUUGGUGUGAGAUGAGAAAUCCAUGUGGGGAUGCGAUGUAUUUGUGAGAGCGCCGUAACUUCUGAGUCUUGACGUUUAGUAAGUAUCUGCAAAACAAAACAAAAAUCUCUGCUCUAUAAUUAAUAUUUUGCGUGUUGCAAUAAUGUUCUGCUCACUCAAAGUGACACUUGCAAGUGCAACUCAAGUUUAAUUUGCGUGCCCCCUGCUGCCUGUGCACUCGUGGAACACAUCCUCUGCGCUCUCGACUCAGUGUUUGCUUGCUCAAUAAUGUUUCAUCUUGCUUGACAGCGCCAUCUCGCACGUGCUCGACUUUAGAGAUCGAUUUGACACCAUACAUAUAGACAGACAGGACUAACCAUGCCCUGUAGUAUCUAAUAAUAGAUAGAUGUUAGGAGCAGAAUAUCUUACAUUUUAUAUUUUAGUCAUUUAGCAGACACUCUUAUCCAGAGCGACUUACAGUGCAUUCAUCUUAAGAUAGCUAGGUGGGACAACCCCAUAUCACAGGCAUUAGGGGGGGUCAAGUGCAAGUGCUGGUUAAGUAUUUUUUUUUGGGGUGGGGGGGGGGGGUCGAGGUGAGGAGGAGGAUUAUUUAAAAUAAGUUUGAAGAGGUAGGGUUUCAGAUGUUUUUGGAAGAUGGGCAGGGACUCUGCUGUCAUAGCUUCAGGGGGAAGCUGGUUCCACCAUUGGGGUGCCAGGACAGAGAAGAGCUUGGACUGGGCUGAGCAGAGCAGGAGCUGCCCUCUCGUAGGGGUGGGAGGGCCAAGAGACCUGAGGUGGCAGAACAGAGUGCUCGGGUUGGUGUGUAGGGUUUGAGCAUAGCCUGAAGGUAGGGAGGGGCAGUUCCUCUUACUGUUCCAUAGAUAUGCACCAUGGUCUUGUAGUGGAUGCGAGCUUCAACUGGAAGCCAGUGGACUGUGCGGAGGAGUGGGGUGACAUGAGAGAACUUGGGAAGGUUGAAAACCAGGCGGGCUGCAGUGUUCUGGAUAAGUUGUAGAGGUUUGAUGGCACAAGCAGGGAGCCCGGCCAACAGCGAGUUGAAGUAGUCCAGAUGGUAGAGGAGGGAGAGCCGGGAGGAAGAGCAGUUCCGUCUUGUCGAGGUUGAGCUUGAGGUGGUGGGCCGACAUCCAAGUUGAGAUAUCUGCCAGGCACGCAGAGAUGCGUGUCGCCACCUGGAUGUCAGAAGGGGGGAAGGAGAAAAGUAGUUGAGUGUCAUCCGCAUAGCAAUGAUAGGAGAGACCAUGUGAGGAUAUGACGGAGCAGAGUGACUUGGUUUAUAAAGAGAAGAGGAGAGGGCCUAGAAUCGAGGCUGGAAGACACCAGUAGUGAGAGUACGUGGUGCAGACACAGAUCCUCUCCACGCCAGCCAGGUAGGAUGCAAUCCAAGAGUGUGCAGAGCCUGAGACGCCCAGCCCUGAGAAGGUGGAGAGGAGGAUCUGAUGGUUCACGAUAUCACUGGCAUAGUUCCACCACCAACAUCUAGUGGUCUACAAAGAUUGAUGAGCACCACUGUUAAAGGCUCUUUGUAUGGCACAUAAGCACAGAGCAUUGCAUGAUGACACUGACAAUACCAAUAAUAACGUACUAUGUAGAUGGCAUCAUUGCUAAAGACAAGCGCUGUGCUCAUGAAGACUCAACAGUGCACUCUGCAUAUAGUUACCAAUGACAAUGUACUACGCACACAGAAUCAAUUUCCACCUGCCAUACUUGAUGCUAGUGGUUCAUGCGUUGUUUUUAAAUCCCCUCACAGACUGAAGAUGAAGUGUUUAAAUGUACACUGUUGGCGUCAUGUUGGUUGCUCACACAGGUUGUGUGUGUGUGUUUGCAGGAGGCAGUGGAGAGAAGGAUCGUUCAGGUCUGAGCGAGUCUUUCCUGUUGAUGGCUAAGUCGCAGAGUGACAUGGAGGAAUGGGUCAGAGCCAUACGAAGAGCUAUAUGGGCCCCGCUAGGAGGAGGUAACACACGCAAACAUGCACACACAAACACACACAUGCUCGUACACAUACUCACACAUACACACACACACACAAAUACACACACAGACACACACGUGCACACACAGAAAACACACACACACAAACGUCCUGUAAGAGCCAGUUGAUUGCGUGUGUGUGCGCAUGCGUGCUUGCGUGCCUGUGUGUGUGUCCUUGGAAUUUGCUCUAGGUAUUUUUGGACAGCAUUUAGAGGAGACAAUGCAGUGUGAGAGUGGGUGUGGCAGCAGCAGCAAGCCUCUGGUGCCUCUGCUGGUGCAGCAGUGUGUAUGUUUUAUACACCAGAAUGGCCUCACAGAGGAGGGGCUGUUCAGAAUGCCUGGACAAACCAAUCACGUACGAGAGCUGCAGGACGCCUUUAACUGCGGGGAGAAACCACUGUUUGACAGGUAGGAGAAGUACUUUCCCUUUACAUCAACUUUCCCUUUAAAGGUAACACAGAAUAUCACAAUGUAAAACACAACAUACUGUAACAGAACACAGACAGGUAGAGGGGCUGUGUUGUAAAUCAGUCAUAAUUCUUAUGUUUAACAGGUUAUCUACAGAUACAGAUUAUCUAAAUAUUAUAAUGUAAAGAGGAAAACACAUUUUAUGACCCUGAAUUGUCGUGACUUCUCACCCUGACCCCUGACCUGUCCUGCAGUAACACUGAUGUCCACACGGUGGCGUCCCUGCUGAAGUUGUACCUCAGAGAGCUGCCAGAGCCUGUGGUGCCUUUCAACAAAUACACAGAGUUCCUCUCCACCGCUCAGCUACUGGCCAAGGACCAGGAGGAGGUGUGUGUGUGUGUGUGCGUUUGUGUGUGUGUGCACAUGUGACACACAUAUGCCCCUUUUCAAAGUAGUAAUGUUCUCAUUCAAACCCUAAUGAAUAAUGAUAUAGGGACUUUGUCUUUUUGAAGGGGAUCCUUGAGCUGGGCAGGCAGGUGAAGACUCUUCCUCAGGUCAACUACAACCUCCUCAGAUACAUCUGCAGGUGAAAAUAUGCACUACCAGGCGGUUGAGUUGCCCAUUAAAGGAAUGCUAUUAAGUCAAAGCUAGUGAUAAUGGGCAAUAAAGACAUAUUGUUAUGGGAUUUUCUUUGUCUGUGCAAAUACAAAAAACCUUUCAAAUCCAUAUAAUUAUUUACUGUAUGCCUGUUAUCUUCAAUAUGAUUCAUAAUAUCAUUCAGUAUAUGUCAUUUUACUGGUAUUCUAAGCAUAUAAACUGUAAACGCAUACAUUUACAUGCAUUUGAAUAUUCAUAUUUUGACACAAAUGUAGCAUAUUUUAUUAAUAUUUGAUAUCCUCAUUUAACUAAACUUAUCUUCCAUCAUAAGUCAAUUAAGCAGACAUAAUGUAAAUUAAUGUAUUAUUUUUUUAUUACUUAAAACAUUUUCCAAUACAGUUUACUCUAAUUGGGCAGCUCAACCUGCUAGUUGAGAUGUUUGCGAUGUGUUAUCUAUCAAAGUUUAAGUCAUGCAAACAAACAUGAUUCAUUUCUGGCCUAUAUUGAGGCUAAAUACACAUAUUUUGCAGAACAAUAAUUGUUCAGAUAUUUUUUUCUUGGUGUGCCAGUUAAAGGGUUAAUGACAUCGUGUAACACUAUAAAUAGAUGUGUAAUGGCAUCAGCAGGCAGCUGAGGCAGCAAAAUGUGUCAGAUGACACAGGCGGUGCCAACAGCAUGACUCACCACCACUUCUCAUACUGUGUCUGUCUCAAGUCUGAAUCAUACUGAACAUACAAGAGUUGAGAUAUUCAGACAAUCUUGGAGGAAAUAAAAUGUUGCUUCAGGGGGCUAUUUAUUUUUCUCCUCUGUGUUUUAUUCUUACCAGCCUUUAUAUGUGUGUGCGUGCGUGCAUAUGUGCGUGUGUGCUUGCAUGUGUGCAUGUGUGUAUGUGCACUAUAGAUUCCUAGAUGAGGUCCAGUCCCACUCAAGUCAGAACAAGAUGAGUGUUCAGAACCUGGCCACUGUGUUCGGACCCAACAUCCUCCGUCCCAAGAUGGAGGACCCACAAAUCAUAAUGGAGGGUAGAUACCAGCGCAUUUGUCUCUCUAAUGACACACGUGCUAUGAGCAAACUAACCGUAACAUUUCACAUAGAGGGGAUUUGUAAAGUGCAAUUUAAGUUUGAACUUUUAUUUUACAAUAUCAGUGAGAAGGAUGCAUUGUUUAAACAGAGUUUAAAGCCAAUAUAUGUAAUUUAUUUCUCAGCCAACCACAGCCCUGCCACUUUUUUGCUAUAAUCUGAGGGAUGAGGCUGGAGAAAGCAUUUUCAUUUUCUGGUGUUAGGUUCUGAACAAACAGAGUAAAAACUCAAACGGACCACUAGGAAAAGCUCAUACAAAGUUUAUUAACCCACUGGGUCAAACAGCUGCAAAGACAAAGACAUGUUUACACAAGCACAUAUAUUUAUACCCUACUACUAGGAGGAGUCAACUCCUUGCACAUCUAGACAGCCAAUACAUCUCUGUUGCUAGUCAGGAACUUAAUUGGUUCCUCUCACUGGUGUAUUCAUGGCCCUGCCUCAUGCUAGAAACUUUGUGGGCGUGGAAAUAUAUGUGUGUGGGAUAGGACUGUUCCUUCUCACUUCAUCUGACCUGACCUCGGGCCAAAUUCCUCGCUCCUCCCUAAUCCACGGCUGUCCUACCUUAUCAGUGACUGAAACCAGACUGUUGCCCUUUGCCUCCCUCCUUAGGAGCCAAUAUAAUGUUUUGACAGAAUGUAAACUUUCUGCACUCCCCCCUCCUCACUCAGUAACUUUCCAUACACCUCGUUCUUAUCCCCCCUCCAUUGACCCCAACAAUAUACAUUCCUUAUACAUGUAAAGUAAUCAAUAAGUUCUAGUAUGGUAACAUACAAUAUACAAAAGUAUAUUUCAAGCUAGAAUCCCACACUGGAAAAGGGCUACAUAUAAAUCCUGUAAAUAAUGGUUUGCUUUUUAUUCCAUCUUGCAGGUAGUUCCCAGGUGCAGCACCUGAUGUCCGUACUGAUCAGUGAACACUCUCGUCUGUACCAGGGGGAGGCAGAGACUCCCAGGGAGGACCAAUCUGCCCCUCCUCCAACUCCCUAUCCCCGGGUCCCCCCGAUUCAGCGCUGCAAGGUGGAGUGGCUCUCACAGGAGGACAUCCUGCCCCCCAACUCCGCUCAGGACUAUCCAUCCCUGGGACAGACCCUUAACACCCCAAGUCAGGAACCACUUAAACCCCUCCCGACCUCCACAGUGUCCUCUCUUGACACUGACCACCCUGGAUCAACCCCCAAGGAAAGAACAGAGGGGGAUUCUAAGGGAAAUAAUGGUGAAGGAACAGAAGAAAAGGUGGAGAGAAAGAGUGAAGGAAAGAGCGAAAGAAAGCUCUCGGGUUGUAGUGGCGCAGACCUCGGUCCCAGUAAGCAGUCCAAAAGCCAGUCUUCAUGGAGGUCCUCCUUGAAGGGCAGGUUUGGGUCAGCGGGGGUGAGGGGGAAGUUGGGGGGGUCAGCAGUUGAUGUGUCGACAGUCACCGGGGGCAACUGGCUGAUGAACGGCCUGACGUCCUUCCGCAGUCACCGACGGACCGCUUCGACCGGUGAACGACUCAAAGAGUCCUCGCUUUGCCUGAAAGAGACACAUAAAGAUUCUCUGCUAGACUCAUAUACUGACUCCUCAUUGUCGCUAAAAGACUCUUCACACUCCCAAAGAAGCACACUAAAAGACUCAUCUCCUUUACAUAUAGACUCCUCCUGUUCUACUAUAGGCUCCUCCUAUCCCAAUAUAAAGCCCUCCCUGUCUGUCAGAAACUCCCCCCAUUCCAACAGGCUCUCGACCUAUGACAACGUUAAUGUCACUCCCUGCAGUCUGAGCAUGCCCGGUGGCAGCCCCUCCCCCUGGACCUCUUGUGAGAUCCCAUUGGCUGAAUCUACAGGAAGUGAGUGCAGCACACUGAACUCUGGGUUAGGGUCAGGGCUAUGGUCAGGGCAGGCUGUGGCGGGGUCCUCGGUGGCUGGGGGCAGUAGCUCUGCUCUAGAGCUGUCUGUGAGCAGCGCUGGCUGGACUGAGGGUGACCCUGGGGAUGACAUCUCAGGUCAGAGGUCAGGGGUCAACGAGGGUCUGUUCAGCCUGGUGACAGAGUUGAAGGAGGAGCUGAGGAAACAGAGGAUCAGCUAUGAGACACGCAUACACAAGUAUGAACUAACUUGUGUUCUUGUUGAUAUGGCAAUGUUAUGGUGUUUGUGUGUGUAUGUGAGUGUGUGCACAUACAUGCAUGUGUGCACAUCCACGCGUGUGUGUCUGCUGUAAUCUCUAACCUCUCUCUCUAUGUUCCUAGAUUGGAGGAGUCGUGUUCAGGUCUUCGUCUCCAGUCUGGUCGUUUAGAAGAGGAUCUAGGCCAGGAGAAGAAGAGGUUCCGCAUGAUGGAGAUCCGACUGGGGAACUCGGAACGCGCAAGGCAAGAUGCUGAGACUCGGAAUGUUCUCCUGCAGAAAGAGAUGGAA